GCAUGUUUGACAAACUCAAGAUCCUCAAUGGACAAACCAGCUGGGGAGGACGCUCAGGGUGGUACGCUGGGACGACACUCCCUGCCACUGAGUGUCCACAGGCAGAGGGAGGGGAGAACGCCAUAUCAGUUAGUUCUAACGGUGAAGAUUCAGAGGAUACUCAGAUGAGGCUUCAGCUGAAGAGAAAACUGCAGAGAAACAGAACGUCUUUCACACAGGACCAGAUAGAAGCACUGGAGAAAGAGUUUGAAAGGACUCACUAUCCAGAUGUGUUUGCCCGAGAACGCUUGGCCAACAAAAUAGAUCUUCCAGAGGCAAGAAUACAGGUUUGGUUUUCCAACAGACGAGCGAAGUGGAGAAGAGAGGAGAAGCUGAGAAAUCAACGUCGUCAGGUGUCCAACUCCUCCAACCACAUUCCCAUCAGCAGCAGCUUCAACACCAGUGUUUACCAGCCUAUACCACAACCUACUACACCAGUGUCCUUCUCAUCAGGAUCCAUGUUGGGAAGGUCGGAUCCAGUUCUGUCCAACAGCUACAGCCUACCAGCCAUGCCCAGCUUCAGUAUGGCUGCCAGCCUGCCUAUGCAAGUAAGAUUAUCUGCUAAAACAAGCUCUUACUCCUGCAUGCUGCCCACCAGCACCAGUGUAAAUGGGAGAAGUUACGAGACAUAUACUCCUCCACACAUGCAGCCACACAUCAACAGCCAGUCAAUGACGUCCUCCGCAACAUCGUCAACGGGUCUGAUUUCCCCUGGUGUCUCAGUUCCAGUCCAAGUUCCAGGAAACGAAGCAGACAUGUCACAAUACUGGCCACGCCUGCACUGAUUCACUUCCCACAGCAAUUAUUCUUGGCUGCAGUGAUCACCAGCAGUGAUUGCUGCAACAGGAAUGUAUGGGACAUCAAAGCAUAACCUAUCGCUACUUUACAGCUUGAAUGUGAAAAAAAAAAACUGUCAUUGACUGAAACAGACUGCACCGCAGCAAAUGAAUAUGAAUAUGAAGGAAUUACUCUCAUUAAUGAUGAGAAAACGUUCAAACCAAAUUCUGGAGACAAGCAGGACAGACGUUUGACUACUCUUCCAAUUUGAAGGGUUUUAAAAUCACUACAAACCACUACAGGUUCAGCUACAACUGGAUCAAAGGUCUUGGGGAUCUCUGUCUCAACAUCAUGUCGAGCUGCCAUUGAAAGUCUGGUUGGCGACGACACUUCGGGACAAGCCCAGAAAGAAAAGCUCUAGCCUGAGCUGUACUCAGGAAGGUGGCCCAUCCUUUGGCAACACUAAACUCCAGACAGGAAUAAACUGAUCAGUGUCCAUUUGGACAUUCUGUGGGAAGACAUAUUACCUCCACUUUCAGUUCCUAAUUUAUAUGAUGUUGGUGUAUUUGUAGCAAAAAAAAUGUUGACUGAAACAUAAAGGGAAGAAUGAAACUUGAAAUGAACUUUCUGUUCCAGCCUGGAAUGUAUAUAGAAUUUCAGAAUGUGGAUUCUGGUGAUAAGUGUUUGGUAUUUUAAAAACCCUGACCUGGAUGUGAUAUGCUAACUGGUAUGGACUCUUAUUUUGAACUGACAAACUAAGUCUGUUGGCGGAGGGGAGGUUUGGGGGGGAGAGAGAUCUCAGU